GAGACGUUACUUCUCGCCGGAAGUCUCUCUGUCAUUGCAGAUGUAACGUUUCCGGAUUAAAAUAGCCGCGCUUUUGAAUCGUAUAGUAGUUAGGUAGCUUGUCAGAGGAGUUGGCGAUGGCACAGAUUUUCCAGGUUCUGAGGUGUUUUUCUUGCAAAACGUUUCAGGUACACCAGGUGAAAAAAUCCAAAAAAUGGAGCUGCAAGCUUUGUGGAGAAAACCAAUCCCUGCAGAAGGUCUAUGGACAGGGGACUGGUGCUGAUUGCAGACGGCAUGUACAGAAGCUUAAUAAGAUACAAGGGGAAUCCAUCAUGUCAUCAGAAUUUAAUGAACGGCAGCAGCAGGAAGCUUUCUUUGAGUCGCAGUCCCCAGAAGACUUAAAUACCGUAUCUCACAAGGAUAAAAACAUUGAUUCAAAUGCUAGCCGUUGGAGUAAAUACUUGAGUAGCACAGAACAGCAAGCUGUGGAUGAAUGUUUGCCGUUGCUUACUGAAGGCACAGAUCUGUACUUCAACAGAGAUGAAUUCAAUUCAGCCAAGUGUACACAGAGAAAACAUAAGCAAAGUCGGAAGUUCCUUGCAGAGUCAUCUAGUUGGGAUCAGAAAGGGAUUUGUUGUGAAAACUCCCAAGAAAAGUGCUUGGACAAAGUUGUACCUUUGCUACAUAGAACUGAAGAAUCCAAAUCUUUAAGUGAAGAAACUAAGCAACCUUCGUGUUAUACAAAAGCUACAGCCUUUACAAGUGAUUUUUUUGACAGCGUUGCUUUGCCUAAACCCAGUAAGUGGAAUGCCUAUUCCAGGAAAAGAAGCAUACAUGAAGAAAUGCCUGCAGCUACAAAGUUGUGCAUUUAUAGACCACAGGAAGUGAAUGGUAACACAGUUGAUUUUUUGCGACAAACUAACUUCGUCACAAAUAGUAAGUUACCUCAGUUUCCUUUAAAUUGUCCAGAAUCAUGCACACAAUUUAUAGAUAAAGUAUCUAAGGAAGUCCUGCAAGGUCCUUCGCCCAGUACACUGCCCAGUGUUUGCCAACAACAUUCACUUCCUCUUGCUUUACCUAUUAGUAGUCAGCCUCACAGCACGCUCCUUUUCAAUGCACUUUUCCAGACAGAUGAGGAUUUUGAAGAAUGUCUGUAAUGUCAAUAUAUUUUAGAAAAUACAAAACAUUAGAACACAUUUCAGAAUUUAAAAUGAUGCAUAUUGUUGUUUAUGCACGUGAUUUUGAAAAUGUAAUGUUUAACUUCAAAAUAAAGUUUGACUUUAGUUUCUAACGAGU